AUGAAUAGAAAUAACUUGGUUUUUGACUCUGAUGCUAUAAUGCACCAACUCGCUGACUCGGAUUUGGGCGAGGACUUUGAUGACUAUAAUGAUUGGCAGCCACCUGGUGAGCUACUUAGUUCUAACUCGGAAGACGAAGACGAGCAAGAAGCAAGAGUUUCAACAGUAGCAAGUCCAUCAUUGUCGAAUAAAUGGACUCGCAGACGAUUCGUCGGUAAACCCAUGCCUACACUGAUAUCGGAGCCGACGGAAGAGGUACUUACUCCAAGUGAAUACUUUGAUAGGUACUUUACUGAAGAAAUUUACGAAUUAUUAGUAUUAACUGGUUCAACUGCUAUUGGAGCCCAGCCAUUGCAUAAGGUCUAG